UGGCCUCCGAGACGAAUGCAAUCAUUUCUCCUGUCGCCGUUGCAACUGCCAGUGACUCGAGCCGCUUCAUUCUCUCUGUUACCGCCUGAAGAGACCGAGAGAUGCUGCUCCCAAGCUGACAUUGGCAGAAAAUAUGGCGUUUGCAAACCAACACAACACAAUGAAGUAUGUGGGCGCAAGGGCGGUGGGGAGGGAGGAACCGAGCGCUCCAUUGCAGGAAGUCAGAAAAUGGUGGUGUUGGUGAGGAAUCCGUUGUCUUCGGAGCUGCAAUGUGUGACGUUGCCGGCUAAAGGCUGGUCGGUUGAGGAUUUUCUCCGUUCCUGGUGCCAAGCGCAGGGGCUUCCUCAAGAUCACUUUUAUGUAAAGUAUAAUGGUCGAUGUAUUAAUUCUGAAGGUGUACUACAAGAUGGAGCUCUUUACAGCGUGGAACCAAGAUUAUGUGGUGGAAAAGGAGGUUUUGGAUCUAUGCUCCGAGCGCUUGGUGCUCAAAUUGAGAAGACAACAAACCGAGAGGCUUGCAGAGAUCUCAGUGGAAGGAGACUUCGAGAUGUUAACCAUGAAAAAGCGAUGGCCGAAUGGGUGAAACAACAAGCAGAACGGGAAGCAGACAAAGAACAAAGGCGUUUAGAAAGACUGAAGCGCAAAUUGGCAGAACCAAAGCAUUUUUUUACUAACCCAGAUUACCAGCAGCAGUGCCAUGAAAUGGCAGAGAGACUUGAAGAUUCUGUCCUGAAAGGUAUGCAAGCUUCUUCCAGCACAGUGGUUUCCGCAGAAAGCAGUGAGAGUCGAAAAGGCACUGCUGAUUCUGGAACCGGACCACCAUCAGAGAAGAAAAGGUGUUUAUGGUUAGGUAUAGAAGGGUUGGACGAUCCUAGCAGUUCAGAGACUAAUAGUGAUGAAGAAGAUGAAUCUCCUGGGACGUCCGAAAGAUGCUCCACAUCAUCUGGCAGCCAUAUCAGUGUGACUGACAAUUCAAAUGAGUUUCCCAGGAAUUCAGAGGACUCUGUAAAUUGCAGUUCAGGCUCUGAUGAGAAGUCAGAAGAUCAAACAAAGAAUGCUAAAAAAGAUCUACUAGAAGAUCCAAAUUUCAGUAAAAUUGUAGCCAAUGAGAAACCUAAAACAACACAGAUUCUGAAAGAAGAAAAGCAUACAAAUGCCUCAUGUAGUGAAAAAGCUGCAAGUCAGCUUCAGCAUGGAGAUACUGCAAGCGUCAAUCUGAUGGAAUUCAAUUCUGUUGCAGAACUGGAAGCCAUAGGACUAGACAAACUAAAGUGUGAACUAUUGGCCUUGGGACUGAAAUGUGGAGGUACUUUACAGGAAAGAGCAGAACGACUUUUUUCAGUGAGAGGUUUGGCUAGAGAUCAUAUUGAUCCUGCUUUGUUUGCUAAGCCUUCCAAAGGGAAGAAAAAAUAAAAAUGGUGAAAUGG